AUGCCUGGCCAAAAGCUCACACACCACCUGAUAGUCAUAAACCCCUCCCCAUCCUCAUAUCCCCAUCCUCAUAUCCCCAUCCUCAUAUCCCCAUCCUCAUAUCCCCAUCCUCAUAUCCCCAUCCUCAUAUCCCCAUCCUCAUAUCCCCAUCCUCAUAUCCCCAUCCUCAUAUCCCCAUCCUCAUAUCCCCAUCCUCAUAUCCCCAUCCUCAUAUCCCCAUCCUCAUAUCCCAUCCUCAUAUCCCCAUCCUCAUAUCCCCAUAAUCAUAUCCCAUCCUCAUAUCCCCAUCCUCAUAUCCCAUCCUCAUCCUCAUAUCCCCAUCCUCAUAUCCCCAUCCUCAUAUCCCCAUCCUCAUAUCCCCAUCCUCAUAUCCCCAUCCUCAUAUCCUAUCCUCAUAUCCCCAUCCUCAUAUCCCAUCCUCAUAUCCCCAUCCUCAUAUCCCCAUCCUCAUAUCCCCAUCCUCAUAUCCCCAUCCUCAUAUCCCAUCCUCAUAUCCCCAUCCUCAUAUCCCCAUCCUCAUAUCCCCAUAAUCAUAUCCCAUCCUCAUAUCCCCAUCCUCAUAUCCCCAUCCUCAUAUCCCAUCCUCAUCCUCAUAUCCCCAUCCUCAUAUCCCCAUCCUCAUAUCCCCAUCCUCAUAUCCCCAUCCUCAUAUCCCAUCCUCAUAUCCCCAUCCUCAUAUCCCCAUCCUCAUAUCCCAUCCUCAUAUCCCCAUCCUCAUAUCCCCAUCCUCAUAUCCCAUCCUCAUAUCCCCAUCCUCAUAUCCCAUCCUCAUAUCCCCAUCCUCAUAUCCCCAUCCUCAUAUCCCAUCCUCAUAUCCCCAUCCUCAUAUCCCCAUCCUCAUAUCCCCAUCCUCAUAUCCCAUCCUCAUAUCCCCAUCCUCAUAUCCCCAUCCUCAUAUCCCCAUCCUCACAUCCCAUCCUCAUAUCCCCAUCCUCAUAUCCCCAUCCUCAUAUCCCCAUCCUCAUAUCCCAUCCUCAUAUCCCCAUCCUCAUAUCCUGUCAUAAACCCCUCCCCAUCCUCAUAUCCCCAUCCUCAUAUCCCCAUCCUCAUAUCCCCAUCCUCAUAUCCCCAUCCUCAUAUCCCCAUCCUCAUAUCCCAUCCUCAUAUCCCCAUCCUCAUAUCCCCAUCCUCAUAUCCCAUCCUCAUAUCCCCAUCCUCAUAUCCCAUCCUCAUAUCCCCAUCCUCAUAUCCCAUCCUCAUAUCCCCAUCCUCAUAUCCCCAUCCUCAUAUCCCCAUCCUCAUAUCCCAUCCUCAUAUCCCCAUCCUCAUAUCCCCAUCCUCACAUCCCAUCCUCACAUCCCCAUCCUCAUCCUCAUAUCCCCAUCCUCAUCUCCCCAUCCUCAUAUCCCCAUCCUCAUAUCCCCAUCCUCAUAUCCCAUCCUCAUAUCCCCAUCCUCAUAUCCUGUCAUAAACCCCUCCCCAUCCUCAUAUCCUGUCAUAAACCCCUCCCCAUCCUCAUAUCCCCAUCCUCAUAUCCCCAUCCUCAUAUCCCCAUCCUCAUAUCCCCAUCCUCAUAUCCCAUCCUCAUAUCCCCAUCCUCAUAUCCCCAUCCUCAUAUCCCAUCCUCAUUCCCCAUCCUCAUAUCCCCAUCCUCAUAUCCCAUCCUCAUAUCCCCAUCCUCAUAUCCCCAUCCUCAUAUCCCCAUCCUCAUAUCCCAUCCUCAUAUCCCAUCCUCAUAUCCCCAUCCUCAUAUCCCCAUCCUCAUAUCCCCAUCCUCAUAUCCCCAUCCUCAUAUCCCAUCCUCAUAUCUUCAUCCUCAUAUCCUGUCAUAAACCCCUCCCCAUCCUCAUAUCCUGUCAUAAACCCCUCCCCAUCCUCAUAUCCCCAUCCUCAUUUCCCCAUCCUCAUAUCCCCAUCCUCAUAUCCCCAUCCUCAUAUCCCCAUCCUCAUAUCCCCAUCCUCAUAUCCCCAUCCUCAUAUCCCCAUCCUCAUAUCCCCAUCCUCAUAUCCCCAUCCUCAUAUCCCCAUCCUCAUAUCCCCAUCCUCAUAUCCCCAUCCUCAUAUCCCCAUCCUCAUAUCCCAUCCUCAUAUCCCCAUCCUCAUAUCCCCAUCCUCAUAUCCCAUCCUCAUAUCCCCAUCCUCAUAUCCCCAUCCUCAUAUCCCAUCCUCAUAUCCCCAUACUCAUAUCCUGUCAUAAACAUCUGUCAAAACCAUCAAUCAAGGGGUCAUAAAUUGUUUGACAUAAGCUAA